CUGUGUGUUUGACGCACGCCAACGUAGUCGCAUCGUUGACGCGAAAGUCAUGCGUUGUUGAUCGGUGAUAAUUUGUAUUUAACGUUUUACUAAAAAAAAAAAAAGUAAAAUGGCAGAUAAAUCUCGUCGUGUAACGCAAACAGAAGAUUUGUCAAACGUUGAGUUUGAAACCAGUGAAGAUGUUGAAGUUAUUCCUACUUUCGAUAACAUGGGUCUCCGUGAUGAAUUGCUACGCGGGAUCUAUGCCUAUGGUUUUGAGAAACCAUCUGCUAUUCAGCAACGAUCCAUAAAGCCCAUUAUGAAGGGCCGAGAUGUUAUAGCCCAAGCACAAUCUGGAACAGGAAAAACUGCUACCUUUUCGAUCGCAAUAUUGCAAUCGUUAGAUACACAAGUACGAGAGACUCAAGUUUUGGUUUUAUCACCAACUAGAGAACUUGCUACACAAAUUCAAAAAGUUAUUCUCGCAUUGGGCGACUUUAUGAAUGUUCAAUGCCACGCUUGCAUUGGCGGUACAAAUCUUGGAGAAGACAUCAGGAAGUUAGAUUAUGGUCAGCAUGUUGUAUCCGGUACACCUGGUAGAGUGUUUGAUAUGAUUAAAAGACGAGUACUUAGAACUAGAGCUAUAAAAAUGCUAGUACUGGAUGAGUCAGACGAAAUGUUGAAUAAAGGUUUCAAAGAACAGAUUUACGAUGUGUACAGAUAUUUGCCACCGGCAACACAAGUUGUUUUGGUUUCGGCUACUCUACCGCAUGAAAUUCUUGAGAUGACCAGUAAAUUUAUGACCGAUCCUAUUCGCAUUCUUGUCAAACGUGAUGAAUUGACACUGGAAGGAAUCAAACAAUUCUUUGUUGCCGUUGAACGAGAGGAAUGGAAAUUUGACACACUCUGCGAUUUAUAUGACACAUUGACAAUAACACAAGCAGUUAUCUUCUGCAAUACUAAACGUAAGGUAGACUGGUUGACGGAAAAGAUGCGAGAAGCCAAUUUCACAGUAUGCUGCAUGCAUGGCGACAUGCCGCAAAAAGAACGAGACAACAUAAUGAAAGAGUUUCGAUCUGGUCAAAGUCGCGUGCUAAUCACAACAGACGUGUGGGCAAGAGGCAUCGACGUUCAGCAAGUGUCGCUCGUUAUUAAUUACGAUUUACCUAACAAUCGUGAAUUGUACAUUCAUCGCAUAGGUCGAUCUGGACGUUUUGGACGUAAAGGUGUAUCGAUAAACUUUGUGAAAACUGACGAUAUAAGAAUUCUGCGAGAUAUCGAGCAGUAUUAUUCGACGCAGAUAGACGAAAUGCCAAUGAAUGUAGCCGAUUUAAUAUAAGAUUUAUAAUAUAAGAGAUUUAUAAUCAAACCGAAUAUAUGUAUCACAAAUCCCUCCCUCACAUCGUCUAAUGAAUUUCUCAUGACAAAAACAGCAAAUAAUUUUCUACAAGAAAUAUUACAAGACGAUUUUAAACAUUUAUUCAAAAAAACACUGUCGUAUAGCUCUUUAGUUAUUUAUAGUACGUUAUUCUUGUCGAAGUAAUUAAGAAGCAUUUAGCUUCGAAAUUUUUUUCUAUGCUAAUUUAUGUAACAAUAACGAGACUAUUCAAAAACAGUGUAAGAAAACAGUGUACAAAACUAUACUACGUAUAAUGCAGUAUAUUAAUAUUUCACUUCCACAAAAAAAGUUUAUGUUUUUAAAAUCGAAAUAAUCUGUUUUGCACUUGUGGA